GUUGCCAAUUUUCAUUUCCGUUACGAUCCGUUUCGGCCGUAGAACCAGGGAGGCAAUUCCGCAAACACCUUACCCGCAAUUCGUUUCUGAAUCUUGCCGCCGGUCGAUGGACUCCUCUCCGUGGAUCCGGCAAUUACUGGACUCCGAUCAACGGUUAUUCCGCCAUUGCAUCAACCUUCUCCUCCUCAGCUCUCUCCCGAUCUACAUCUCCUGCCGCUUCAUCACCGCCCCUUUCGGAAAACACGUCCGCCCCGGGUGGGGCCCGACCCUCCCGGCGCCUUUGGCCUGGUUUCUCAUGGAGAGCCCCACGCUCUGGCUCACCCUCCUCCUCUUCCCUCUCGGCAAGAACCACUUCGACCCGAUCGCCCGAAUCCUCAUUUCUCCCUACCUCAUCCACUACGCCAAUCGCACUUUACUCUACCCGAUCCGGAUCCAUCCCGCCUCCGCCCGCCUGAGACGGCCCGCCGCUAGGUUUCCGGCGAGCGUCGCAGCGAUGGCGUUCGCCUUCAACGUCUUGAACGCUUACCUGCAGACCAGAUGGAUCUCCCACUACGCCGAUCACGCCGGCGGCGCGCUGUUCUGGUGCCGAUUCGGCGCCGGAUCGGCCGUUUUCAUCGCCGGAAUGGCGGCCAAUUGCUGGGCGGACAGAGUGCUGCUUCGCCUGAAAAGCGAGGGCGGCGGGUAUAAGAUUCCGAGAGGAGGGCUCUUCGAGUGUGUGAGUUGCCCCAAUUACUUGGGGGAGAUUUUGGAGUGGUUUGGAUGGGGGGUUGUGAUGAACUGGUAUUCUGCGGCUGGCCUCGCCUUCUUCUUGUCCACCAUUGCCAACCUAGCUCCCAGAGCUUAUUCCCAUCACAAAUGGUACUUGGAGAAAUUCGGGGAAGAUUACCCCAGGAAAAGGAAAGCUGUGAUUCCAUUUCUGUACUGAAAGUAAGUUCUCAAAAACCCAGUUUCAUUCUCUACUCUGCAACAAAAUGCACAUUUUCCUGAUGUUAUUCAUCCUCCUUCAUGUCUCUUCAUCUUCAAUUAUGCUUCCAUUUUCAAGUCCAAAUGGUAAUUAUAUCACUACCUUAUGAAAAACUGAAAAUAACUACCAUUUUCAAUUGAAUAAAGGCAAUGCUAAGGGUACACUAACAUGAGAUACCUCAUUUGUUAUAAAUGUAUUUACUUUAUUUUCACCAUGUAAAUUUUAUAUUACAGUAAGAACUAAAUUUGAUUCUAAAAAUAUUUCUGUAAAAACUGAUGAUUUCUUGACAAUGAGUGUCAUUAGAACGAAAAGGAUCCUUAUACAUUUAAAAGUUAAAACAAUGGCUUCUUUUUCAAGUUCUAACCGAUUGAAGCCAAAGUUAUGAGAGAACGUGAUUCCCUCUUCAUCGUGAAAGAUCACAUAUAGAGUGCUUCAUCUUUCGUGUUGGGGAACUCUGUAAAUUCAAAAUGCAGUGCCCAUUUAAAUUUUGUCUUAGUUUAAUUUGGUAAUAAAAAAUUUUUUGAGUGUAG